UUCUUAUCUUAAUAAAGUAUUUAAGAAUUGUGAAAAAUAUUACAUUGAUUUUAGUUAUGUAUAUGCUAGCUAAUAAUUAAUUAAUAUAUAAAUUUAUUUUGAAAUCAUUUAAUGCAUUAACACAAUAUAAAUUACGAAGUGAAAAAACUGAAUGUUGCUAAAGUAUUUAUAAAUUUAUUUUGAAAUCAUUUAAUGCAUUAACACAAUAUAAAUUACGAAGUGAAAAAACUGAAUGUCUAACAAUCCACCAAUAAGAUUAAAUUAUUUGAAUGAAAGAUAACAUCACCAGCACAACUUAAUUCCAUCAUUCAGCGUGCCUUCGGAAUGUCAUCAUACUCAUUUCGAGGGGACCUCAAAACUUGGAUUCCACUCGAGGAGGAUGAAUCUCAAAAAAGUACAACAACUGAAAGCAAACAGUUUAAAAAUAUUUCCAACAAUCAAAGUAAAGUCAGUAUAGAAGACAAUAUCUCUAAUAAGUGGAGCGUUCAGCAGCUGAUGCGUCUGCUACGGCUCUAUGCCGCUCAUCAGUGCUUGUGGGAUACUCGACAUCCAGAUAAUCGUAACCGCAAAUUGCGUAAAGCCGCACUCAUUGACAUCGCUGCCGCUCUGGGAGAGGAUAAUACUUGUGCGCAGGUGCUGCACAAGAUUAACGUUCUCCGUGCUACAUACCGUUAUGAGAAACGGCGCAUCAAGCAGCGCAUUCGCCGAGGGAUUGGUGCUAAAACUAAAUUAAAGUGGUUUGCUUUAGCUGAUCAUUUUUUGAGAAAUGUUCCACGGUCAGAAAAGAAUAAAAAGAAAGAGGAUGUUGAUAGUGACUCAAAUUUGGAAGACACUAUAGUGUUCACCAUUGACCCGGAAUCGUUGAUAUCGCUGGAAGAAACAAAUGAUACUGUCGAAAAUGAAAAUUGGAAUAUCAAAGUGGAGCCUAAAGAGGAAUCUAAAAGUGUCGCGAAUAGCAUUGACCUUGAUACAGCCAGCCCUUAUCGAAACAAAACUGAAGAAGGAGCAACAAAUGUUAAAGAAAGUAUUGUAAAUGAGAAAAGAACAUGGACUACACAUGAGUCCUUGCAGUUCGUUUUCCUUCUUCGUUCAUAUCCACUACUUUGGCAGUUGAACACUAACGAUCCGGAAAUGGUGGAGGAGAAGUCAAGUCAGCAAGUGAUGGCCUUGGAAGAGAUUUCACAUACAAUGCAAUUACCCAAAGAGCGCUUGAGAAAGCGUCUAGCGACAUUUCUAGACACUUUUCAACUAGAGAUGGUGAAAAUCAAAGAAAACAGCGAAUACAAACCGAAUGUGGUGUGGUGGCCAAUGGUGCAGGAGUACUUAGAUACACCGAAGCUUCCGCCAAUAGAUGUCUACGAGAAUGUAAAAAUGGAUAGACUGUCCGCAGCAAUCAAUGAAAUGGAGCAAUUAGAUACCUCAUGCCAUGUUGCGCGCUUAUCUCACUCGUCCGCUGAUCAGCAGUUCAAUGCGCUUGUCUCUCCCGUCGUAUCACAAGUUGGCACACCGCAGCCGUCAGCAAAUAAUGAGGAUAGUAACAGCAUGAGCGACGCUUACUACGGUGAACAACCAAACUAUUCCAACCCACCAAUGAAACUCAUUUGGAAUGGACUCGAAGAUGAUUUGCUAGAGGGUAAAUGGUCACUUAAACAUUCUGUGAAGUUCUUACGUCUAUAUGGUGCACAUCGUUGUCUUUGGGAUCUUAACGACCCCGAUUAUCGUUCGCGUGAAAUGCGCACCGCUGCAAUUGAAGACAUUGCCGCCGCUAUGGGAUAUGGACUGGACGCUGAGUAUGUAGCGAAGAAAAUAAAAAUAUUUCGCAUAACUUAUAUGCAACAUCGGAAACGUAUGCUCGAGGCGAUCAAGCAAAAUCGUGCGCCAGAUAUACAGUUGCGUUGGUUUCCUUUGGCCGAUAGCUUUUUGCGUCCACAUAUUGGCUUGCGUUCAAUCAAAGAGCAAGAACGUGAAAUGCCGCAGUUUAAUUUUCAAUAUGUUUAUGCAAAUUUGAAUUUAAUUGAUCCCGCGCUGUUGGCGGAUUUGAAGUGAAGCCGCGAGUUUUAUUAUCACAUACAUUUGUAAUAUAUAUAAUUAUUCCAGUGCCUUAAAGACCAUAAAUUUUAUCUACCCAAUUCGUUAUAGAUAUAUGAAAAUUUUAUUAUAUCCAUA